GAGUCCAGGGCAGGAGGCAGGACCCAACCAACUUCCACACUCACCACAGGAAAAGUCAGGAAAACACAUCUGUCCCCGCGCAUGUCGCUGUUUGUGCUGGCCUGCAUGUGUUUGUAAAGCUGUUCCGGUGAACAUUAGCAGAGCAGCGGAGCGCCGGAGCGCCGGUGAAGUAGUUGCCUACACUUGGCCGCUGUUGAGUGCGGUGUGAGCAGCGGUGAAACGCCGGGACGGUUCGCUGCGAUGGAGAACAUGAACUAACCGGAUUAGAAAUUCUUUUUUCUCUUGGAUUACCUCCUGUUAAACCGGCCCGGUUCGUUUUUUGUUGGUAUUGUAUCGGUUCCUGUCGUAGUGUGGAGUAGUGAACACUUUGAAAAUGCCUGCUAAGACCAAGUACAACCUCGUUGAUGAUGGGCAUGAUUUGAGGAUCCCGUUGCACAACGAGGAAGCAUUCCAGCAUGGGAUCAACUUCGAGGCAAAGUACAUCGGCAGUCUGGAUGUGACGCGGCCGAGCAGUCGAGUUGAGAUCGUGGCUGCGAUGCGAAGAAUACGGUAUGAGUUCAAGGUGAAAAACAUCAAGAAGAAAAAAGUCAACAUUGUGGUGUCGGUAGACGGCGUGAAAGUUGCCUUGAGGAAAAAGAAAAAAAAAAAGGAGUGGACGUGGGAUGAGAGCAAGAUGAUGGUGAUGCAGGAUCCCAUUUACAGGAUAUUCUAUGUGUCUCAUGACUCCCAGGAUCUGAAGAUUUUCAGCUACAUCGCUAGAGACGGACAGAGUAAUGUCUUCCGCUGCAAUGUCUUCAAGUCCAAAAAGAAGAGUCAGGCCAUGCGGAUUGUUCGGACAGUCGGCCAGGCGUUCGAGGUUUGUCAUAAACUGAGUCUGCAGCACACACAGCAGAACGCAGAUGGACAGGAGGACAGCCACAGCGAAAAGAACGGCAACAGCUCCUCUGUCUCAGGCGUGCGUGCUUAUCCACCUGUAUGUGUGUGUACUUUCCUCGGCUCAGCUCGGGAACUAACAGGCGCAGAGAAGACGGCAACUGUCACAGAGGAGACGGAUAUUGAUGCGGAGGAGACGAGCCAGGUGUCAGCAGCAGAGGAGUUAAACCUCAAUAGAGGGGUGACUGAUCUGGACGCCACAGCCAAGGCACCUGAGCUGAACCAAUCGGAGAGCAAGGCUUCAGAGGAGGCCUCUCUGCUGAUGUCCAGCCCCAGGAUGCUGCUCCCUGCAUCGGGCACACUGCCACCAGGUGCCCCCCUGUCUGUCCACCACCAGAUCCAGCUGCUCCAACAGCAGCUCCAGCAGCAACAGCAGCAGACACAAGUGGCUGUGGCACAGGUCCACCUGUUGAAGGACCAGCUGAGCGCGGAGGCCACAGCUCGGCUGGAGGCCCAGGCUCGAGUCCACCAGCUGUUGCUGCAGAACAAAGACCUGCUGCAGCACAUCUCCCUGCUGGUUAAACAGAUCCAGGAGCUGGAGACCAAGAUGUCUGGACCAAACUCAAUGGGAUCUCAGGACAGUCUGUUGGAGAUCACCUUCCGGUCUACAGUACCUCCAGUGAUCUGCGACCCCACAACGCCCAAACCUGAUGUGUCCGCCCUCAACCUGCCUGCACUGGGCUCCACUGACGGGACCGGCAACGCCUUCUCAUCUUCCAAUGGGACUCUGGGAAGCCCCCUAGUUGAUCAAAGUAUGUUUGAGAACUCAGUUGCCCAGCAGCAGAGUCCUCAGACCUCCAGGCCGGGCCAGUCCUCGUCCCGACGCACCCCGGCAUCACCUAAUCAUAACCUGGGGUCCAGCUCCAUCGACUCUCCAUCCUCCGGAGGCCAACAGAGGCUUAAAAAUGCCAUUAAUCUGGGCAAGGCUGUCGGCGCAAGGGUCAAUGACUUGUUAAGAAGGAAGGAGCCCAGCCACCUCGGGGACAUCGGGGUCACUGAGGUCAACAAAAACGUUGAUGCUGUUUGGAGCUGUAUGGACCAACUCAACCAGACCACUGCAAACAGUCACAUCUCCUCUUUUGACUCCUUCCCUCGGCUGGACCCACCACCCCCAACAGGGAAGAAACGCCUCCCUCGGGCUCUGAAGACCACCCAGGACAUGAUGAUCUCGUCCGACCCCGUUGUCUCCUCUCCUGACCCAGCUGACUCAUCCUCCUUCCUCUCUUCUCCUGACAAGAUGCCCCUGAUGGCUAAGGAGGAGCUGAGGAACAGUGAGGAGCAGCAGCAGCAGCAGGGCGAGAAGGAGGAAGAGCGGUCAGAGGAAAUCACAUUGCCGCCAAGCCCAGCAGAGAAGAAAGUUGUUUCUGAUUGGGAGAUGACAGGAAGCAACGGCAAAGUCGAUGGAGUCACAGGUGGAGAAGAUGAUGAUGUGGAAAACGGGAGCACCGAAGGAGGCGAAGAGGAACGUCAGCCCCAGCUGCAGCUCUCCGUGCCAGACCUCAUCAACAAAGAUCCCCCCUUGCUGGAGCCCAGGGCUAAGCCCUGCGACGUCUGGCAGAAGGCAUCAGGACCGGACUCCCGGCUGGCCUCCACCCCAUGCUCAGGAAAAACUACCUGCCGCAUCAGCCUGGGUGAGGAGGCUCUGCUGGGGAACGGCACUCCCUGCAGUAAAGGCACCGGAGUGAGCGCUGAAGACUCAGAGUCCCACCCGGACCUGCUGUCAUUUGAAUAAAGACCAGAGGGGUCAGAUACCACUUCAGUUUGUCUCCAGGAGUUUGGAACUUUUGCUCUUAGAGGUAAUUCAGACAGACUAAUGACAAGUACUGCGGAUCAAAUAUUCACUGCCACUUUGAAAUAUAUAACUCUCCCUGCUCCAGGGUUUGCUUUAGGAAAAGGGAACAAGGGCUUCCAGGAAUCAGGGCAGGGGCCAGAGCUGAUGCUUUUAGACUUUUUAGCAACUUUUCUUGAGUUUAAAUGUCCUGGUGAUACAAUCUGGCCCUCCAACAUGGCUGACGGACACCACCACCUUCUUCCUAAUGAUUUGAACACAAAGCUGACCAGCACCAGAUGAUGAAUAAGGAGCAAGAGAGAAAAUGUGUAGGAGCUGAGGGUUCAUUACGGUGCAGAGAGAAUUCAAAUUUUAUCAUUUCAUUUAUAAGCAAACAGUUAUAACAGAUAAUGAUUUUAUCAUAGUGUAUUUAUCAUAUUUUAGCUCUUCCAGUGUUUUAUAACAUGUCAUGUCUGCUUUAGGAAUGCAAUAAUACCUAAUAAUGUAACAAUGAAUGUAACUGAUAAAAUGAAAUAUCCCUUUAAAUGGGCUGAAAAUGUAAAAUCCUGACAAUGGUGAGCGUAAAGACAACUUUAUACUGAUGUCAUUUAUUCCUGAAAGUAAAACAUUAUUACUGUACAUCUUUUAGAAAUGUAUGGGUGAUACUUAUCAGCAUUAAGUUAUAUUAUCAAGCCAUUCAUUUCAAGAACCCUUUUGUCGACAUUUUUAAAACCAUUUAAAGGGACUUCUAUUUCACGAUGGUCACACUGUAAGUCUCAUAUUGUACAAAAGCUGCUACAAUGAAACCAAUUACAAACUGCAACUAAUAUGAGUUAUAUAGCAAUAUAAUUUACACUCAGUAUAAUUAGAAUAAUAACCUUUUUGGAGAAUUUUCAUCAGCCUAAUAGUAUUUCCAGCACAGAAUAUUCUUGAAAACUGAAGGCAGACUCAGGAGGAGAGGAGGGAGACAGGAGGAAGAAGCUGAACGAAUGUGGAUGUGUUAGAGAUGGAAAGGUUUGGGGGAGAGUUUACAUUCAGUUCAGUCAGCAUAAAAUGCCUCGCAGCAGUUUCUGCUAGAGUUUGUCAGGACUGGAAGGCUUUUGACCUGUAGCUUCAUUCAUAUUAAUUCAUUUCUGCCCCCUUUUAGGUGCAGUGGGAGUUUUAGAAAGAGUCCUCUCCUACACUGCCCUUUGGCACAGACUCUGACCCUGAAUGUGACCUUUGUAAAGUUAUCAGCAUGUAAGGACAUUGAUCAGCAUCCCCAUCAAUAGGUAGCAUUUCUUUUGGUUUAGAUUAAAAAAGAAAGAAAGAAAAAGAGGAAAAAGGAAACCUGGGAUUGCUUGCUCAUUUAUUUUAAAUAUUAAAAACACCCCAGAAAUUGUUGAAAUUAAAAUAUAAAUACACAGUGCAAAGUCAGUGUAAACUUCUUUUCUUUUUUUAAAAAAUUCAAGUACUCAAGUACAUUCUGAACCGUCUCCACAGUUCAGAGUUACCUCCUGGCAGCAGCAAGAAACAGAGUGCCAGGGCCUAAAGUCCAUGUGGAAAAACGUAUGCUAAUUCUAAUUUAAAAAAAAAAAAAAAGUUUGUAGUUUCUGAUUAUAGAUAUUGUGAUUUUUUUUUUCCUUUGGCUCUGUGCUCCAGUGAUAAUGAGCUUGUGUUGUGAGUAAAUACUAGUAGAAACUAGAAAAUAAAUUGAGCAAUUUGUGGAACCACAUUCAGUAUUUACAUGAAUGUAUCUCUGGUCUGGGAUGAGAACGGCUCCCAUGCUUCCUCUGUGCUGACAAAAAGUGUCUUCUUAGCUGGCUGAACUGAAAGUAGAUUCUUAUUACCCCCUUAAAAAAAACCUGACAGCGAGUCGGAUGAAAGGAUGGAUGGGCGGACGGGCGGCAAGUGGAGGGCGGGCUGCUAAAAAGUUAUGUUUGAGCAGAAGACAGAGAGGAUAAUGAGCUGUCAACAGGGAGAGAUGAAAGUGGUGUAUUCUGUUCAAGCAGAUCAUUAAGUGACAGACCAAAGACAGAAAUUAGCAGCUCAGUCAGACAGGUUGUUUUUGUCAUAUUGUUUUUAGCGAGCUAUCAGAGUGAAAAGAGAAGCAAUAAUUCAUACAGAUUUUUUCCUCCUUUAUUUUCACUUCAUCUAUUAAUGAAAACCAAAGUCAGAGCAUUUUGAAAAUUUUGAUAACAAUUCACAUGCAUGUUUUAGAUCUUCUGACUUUUCUGACUCACCGCAGAGAGACUGUGUCGGAUGAGCUGACAAUAACAGAAAAUAACCCGCUGUUGAAUCAGACAAUCAGCGUCAACCUUGCCCAUGUGUCGCUGCAGGAGGAGCAGAACCAAGCUGCGAGGGCUGUUUUAGCACAAUCAAAGUGGAAAUCUGUGUUUUUAUAACACUAUAAUCUGAGCAUCUGUUCCUCACAUCUGUGGCACUGGGUUAAAAUUCACUUUAGACACACAUGGAAAGCAAGCUCCAGAUCCCAACCCUACAAAUGACCCGUCUUUCUGUGAGGUUCCUGAAGUGGCCUCUGUAAGUGUCCACUGUGUCCUCGCAGGGAUUUCCCAACUUCAAGACAGAGGAAAAAAAACUUCCCAGAAAACACUGAGACGGACACAGAGCCAGCUGUAGUUGCGGUCAGGUCGUGCCCAUGAGAAUGAGAAGAAUGUGGAGCUGGACUUAGAGAAAGGAAGCUUUGUCUCUCUGUCUGUCCCCGUCUCUCAGACUUUGUCUCAUAUAAAAGCGUCCCCAUUUAUUUUAAAGCUGUAACAAAACAGCAGGUGUCCCCCACAUGCCAAACCAAAUUACAAAAAUAGUUUUCCCAAUUAGUUUUAUCCAGCAAUCAUCAGAUCAGAGUCGAUUUUUUUUCUUUUACUUUAAGUUUUUAACUAAAAGCAACAGUUUGUGGAAACACAUGCUGAGUUUUUCAUGUGUUUGCGUGCUGUGAGGAACAGAAACAAAAUGUAUCUCCACUGUGCUGGGGUUGCAGAUGUUUCAGUAAUCUCCAGAACCAAAGCAUUUACAUUGCUAGAUAAAACAUAAGUGGGAAAAUGUUUUAAUUUUGGUCAAAGUGACAGUUUAAAAUCAGGGCAAGAGUGGAAACAUGUUGUGAAAGUAAAUGAGUUAAAGCAACCAGAAGCAAAGACCUGAUCUAGAUUAUCUGAUAAUCACCACAACUUAAUCAAUCACCCAUAUUAAUGAUAGGACAAAGUAUUUGUACAUGUUUUGUUGCUUCGACGUUUUAUUAGUUUUGAUUUAAUUGAUCUUGAAUAUUUUAAAGCCCCUGAAAGCCUGGUUUCAAAUUCUUUUUGUUUUUACUCAUAAUAUAAUAUCAAUAACUAAAUGUGCAGCAAUCACUGUUAAAGUUUGGGGAAGGAAAAUCUUUAUUAAGAGUUAAACACAAACUCUGUGGCUGAGGUUUGAUCACAUUUGAUUGACAGUGCUCGCAAUGUAAGAAAAAAAAAAAAAAAAGAUUGUCAUUACAUUUUGAUUAAAAUUGCUAA